GGAGAAGUGAUAUCAAUCCAGUCACUUUCGUCCUCUUUACAGCAGAGCAGGAACAAAGCUUUUUGGGACUUUUGUGAACUGACUAUGACUGAUUAUCAAUGAUGACAAGAAACCAAGUGGAACAUGUGCUCUCCACAGUUCAGGACUGUCACAAUGGAAUCUCUAUGGAGCUCUUCCUGCACCUUUCACUCAUACCAGCAUUGUUGAUUACAGGAGUGCUCUCAUUCCUCCAGAAGAGAGCCCAGAGACUGGCCAUCGACCACAGACUGCCCUUUCUGGGGGGACGUUUUGCCAUUGUGGUGCCUUUGGAUACUUUAGGCAGCCUGAGCAAUCGUUGGUCCUAUGGGUUUGCAUUUGGUGCCGUGUCCUCAAGCGUCCUGCUGCUCUUCUCUGAAUAUUACAUCCCCUUCACUGUCCCGCCCUGGGCCCGAGCUAUCGUGUAUCUGAUUGGAGCAAUAGAGGUGGGCCUCGUCUAUUUCCCUUUCUUUGCCUGUCUGUCCACACCUUUCAGAACACCUGGAGCAAUACUGGGAAUACUCUACUCUAUGUCCUGGAUCAUAGUAACAGUCUGGGAUACAUUCACCUGUCCCAAUGGUAAGAUUCUGGGUAAAUACCAGAAGUUGAUUAUCCAGUGGCCCUGCAUCCUCUCCCUCAUCUUCCUCUUGGGACGAUUUCUCCUCAUGCUGAUCAAAGCUAUUCGAAUACAUCUGCAAGUGGAACAGGAGGACCCUGAAGAGCUGAUUGAGCAACACCAGGUGCAUCAUGUUAAGAGACUGCUAAGGAAAACACCUGCACACAGUAAGCCCCUCAGUUGGUUCCAGAGCCGAGUGUACGAGUGGGACCCUUACUUCAAGUUCCCCAACAGGAUCAUCGGCACCGUCAUUAUAUCCCUUAUAGGCCUAUAUACGGUGACCCUGACAGACUACAGUCUCAGUAUUGUGGCUUUUGACCAAGUCGACAGGUGGAAGAAUACACUAAAAGAACUGGUUAUUUCUUGUAAUCAGACUGAAGGUCCAGGAAUCAUGAUACCACAGCUGGAAGAAUUCAUCUCCGUGGCUAGGAAGUCUUGGCUAGCUACCACUAUCUUUGCUAGCUUCAACUCUGUAGCCUACUGCCUCCAUGUCUUGGCAUGUUACAGAAAACACUUGAAGAGGCUGUGGAAAGGGCAGAAGGGAUUUCUUCCUGAAAAGUUUCACAACCCAAGCUCUGCUGUCAGCGUAGCUUCCAUUGCAAGAUACUCUGGUUGGCAAAUAGCGUUUACAUUGUGGGGCUACCUGAUUGUCCAUUUUGUCCACUUCCUGUUUGCUCUGCUGUUGGUCUAUGUGCUGGUUCUUCCUAUAAUGCAUGGCAAAGCACUGAUCAUGCUGCACAACCUGGGGAUUAUACUUCUGACCAUCAGUCUGGUCAUCGCCCUGGUCAUUGUCCAGGUAGUUCUGGUUCAGAUUUUCUUCCUUCAGGACAAAAUGUCUCCGACUGAUAAACAAAAACCUCUGGCUAUCAACAACAGGAAGGCGUUUCACUGCUUCAACUACUUCUUCUUUUUCUACAACGUGGUGAUGGGGAUCAGCAACUGUAUAAUUAGGUUGCUGUGCAGCAUUGUGUUGGGAACGUGGCUGGUGUCCCGUAUAGACCGAAGCAUUAUGCAGAGAGGAUAUGAAAGUAUGGAUGCCGGCUACACUACUUGGAUUGGGAUGAUCUUUGCUGACCACUAUCAUAACAAUCCGGUCAUGGUGUGUUUCUGCCAGCUGCUGGUCUCCAACAUGCUGGAGAGACACACUACAUCUGCAUACUCCACAUUCAGCAACAUACCAUCCGAGUCCCCUGUGAACAGCCGGGCCAGGAGGCGCUGGAUGUUGUUUUAUACCUUACUGAGGAACCCUCAUCUAAUCCUGCUCAGGAAGCAUCACCUCUCCUCAUCUUCUUUAUUACACACGUCAUCAUCAGACACAGUGGUGCAGGCUUGCUUCAUGGCUACUCAAUCAAAAAGCCGCCAUGCAGAGUCACAGCCACCACCAGAGGUCAUUGUCACACCAGCAGAAGACUGAUAAAUGUGACCGUGUUAAUAAUAUGUGUUGGAAUCAAAAAUUGUUUAUGUGUUGUUUAGUGGUCGAUCUCUAGAACGUGUACUGUGGUGUUUUCAAUGAGUCAUUUUCAGUCGUUUCAAAAGCAGCACUAACACUAACUUGUGCCUGAGAAGUUAUGAUCUUGUUAAUUUAAUCAAUAAUUAGGUCACUUUUAUAUCAGCUCAGAAGGAGCAUUCACCCAUAGUAAAAUACUCAUGUGAGAUUUGAUGAAAACCUGUACACAGAUUGAUUGUAUUAGUGUUUAAGUCAAGCUAAGCUUUGAAUUGCUGUAUACUAUAUAGACAGUCAAGGAUAUAUGUGAACCAUUGUACAUAGUCACAAUAACGUCUGUAUGAUCUAUUCUACAAAUGGAUGUGAUGCAGUACAGCUGGCCAUUGUUAUGUCUAAUAAUGUUUAUGUUAUUAAAAUUCUGUGAGCUGCACCACACAUCCAUUCUGCUAGUGUCAUCAAAUGGAACUGGCUAUGAAUGUUUAUGCAUAGCUGCUGUACUGUUUAUCACAAAUAAAUAUAU